CAUCCUCCGCUUUCAUGCGGCAAGCAACAGACGUAAGACGUAACCUCAUUUUAACGUUUACAAUUCUUUAGACUUCAGAAACUACGACACUCAAUGACAUCUCGGUAGAAUUCAUAGAAUCGCUGUGUUAACUCGUUUGAAAGGUAUGAUUAGAUACGUUACUCCAUAAGUGCCUAUAGUUCGAUUUCCUGCUGGCAGUUCCGUUCGGCUUGCUGUGACUGCUACUACUACUGCUGGGUGAGCGCUUGUAAGCACAAGCCGACUUUCAGACACGUUUGUUUGAAGCCAUACAUCAUGAAUUUUGAGUAAAAUCUGAUGUUAUAAUCGAAGUAGCCACAUGGGUGUUGCAGCCGAUAGUCAACCAAAGUCUAAAAGAAAAAGAAGAAAGUUGUUUGUAGAAGAUCGGUCCUUCUUUGGAGAUGAAUCUUUAACAUACCCUGAAGUGGAUCCAAGGACAGUUGAUGGAGAUAUUCUCAAAUUGAAAGUUCCGUCAAAGUCUCAAUCAAGACGUACAAGAAAAUACAAUCAUGGCAAUUCACAACAUUCCAAAAAAGUUAUCACUGUCCAUCAUGAUGUGCCUCUGCCUUCUGUAGACACUGAAGAAGCCAAAAUGGACAGGGUCAAAAGAAAAAGACAAAGCCCCCCGGAUUCUGAGGGUCCUGCAUCGAAGAAAUAUAAAACUGGAAGCCUGGAUGCUGAUGCUCAUGUUGAUCACUGUGUACAACUCGAUGAGUACUCUCCCAUUGUUGACGUUGGUCAUACCUCAGAUCUUAGUGAACCUAGCAACAUACCUGGGCAUCAUGAAGAAUGGAACUUUUCUUCUCUAGAUAACUCUGUGCUUAAAGGUAAUUCUUGUUCACUUAGAAAUAACUCAACUGAAACUCAGUCUGCAAAGAAGGAUUUUAUUAAUCGAUUCCUCAGUGAUGCUGUAUCUACUUUGGGAAUGUCAGAGAAAUGCUUGGAAAGCAGUAGUGAUGAAUUUAGUUCUAAUGACAUAACUGAAGCUGCUGAUUUGAUCUCUUCUCACAAUAGAAAUCAGUCAAGGAAGAAAAGAACUUCAUGUAGAAGUUCUAGAAAAUGUAACAACAAAUCUGGAUCAUCUAAACUUUCUGAACUCUCUGACCUCUCUGGACCUUUUGAACCUUCUGACUUGAAGAGCGAUAAGUGUUCUAAAAAAAGAAAUGAAUUUUCAGAGAAAAGCCCUUUAAGCUCUAGCCAGCUGUUAUUAUUAAAGCAGAUUUUGCCAAGUAACAAUGGUCUAUCAACUGCCAACCAAAAAAAAAGAUGUAGUAGUCCAGUCAAUGCUACGCAUUCAGACACUGAUGAAAGUUUGCAGAUUAUAGAUCAUAUUGAACCACCUACUGCCACCUUAAUAAAUAAAAAGAGUAAAAAGAAAAAGAGGGUCAAAGAAAGAAAAAGUCAAAAGACUAAAGAGAAAAAAAAUAAAAGAAAAAAGAAAAAAAAUGAAAGGGACCAGGAGAAGUUGUCUAAGAAAACUAUCAAGUUGCAGAAGAGCACUGAUGAACUCCUGAACAGUGGAAUUGAGCAGGAUUCCAUGGAUAAGCAUGAGCAAAUUGUGGUUGAAAAUGAGAAAGGGAGGCAACUCAAUCAGGUGAAGGAGGAAAGGAAAACGGACAAUAAGAGGAAAACUAGUUUGAAAAGUGAUGCUAUGUGUGCAUCAGAUGAUUUGCCAACAUGCACAAGCUCAAAGUCACUUAAUAAAAUUGGAAGUUUAAAGAAGGUCCACAGCAAGAAAAAAAAGGUAAGUGUUGAAAUGCAAUUAACAAAUGAAGAGAUUUUGCACCUUCCAUCUGGAAGGCAUCCAGAAAAAAACUUCUCUAGUCCCAAGUGCCAAUUAGGAGAUAAAAGAUUGAGUUCAGUUGAAAAGAAGAAAACCAAAGAUGGGAACGUCCCUUUGGAUUCUGAACAAAAUUGCAGUGACAGCGACCACCUUAAUGAAACUGAUGACUACCGUUGCACGUCUGAUGAUACGAAUGAGUAUAUUGAUGUUACUACCCUUGAAGAUUCUACAGUGAAUCAUGAAAAUUCAUUGAAUGAACUCAAGAAAAAUUUCAACAGGGUAGACCGGAAGAUGAAGAAAACGAGUCAAACAAUGGAGGAUUGCAAAGUAGCUUGCAGUGAAACCCUGCAACAAUUAGUCGAGAAAGCCUCAUCUUCCCUGAAGAAUUGUGAAAACUUGAGUACUAAUGAAUACUCUCCUGAUUUGUUUGAUGGUACUGUAGAAGACUCAAACAGCUUAGAAAGAAAACAAGAAAAGAGAGCACAGCCUGAAUCAGCCCUGGAAGAAAUAUGCAAUAAUGAUAACAGCUCAUUGCAUACGCAUAAGGAAGAUGAUGCUUCAGUACUUGAGGGUCAUUCAGAAAAUGUACCUGCACUGAAUGAACAGCAGAUAGGUUUAAAUACUGGAGAAGGCAAGAUCCAAAGGAAUAAGAAAAAGAAAGAAGUUUCUGACCUUGAUAACUGUGAGACAUUGCAAGAAUUGGUCGAGAAAGCCUCUUGUUCCUUAAGGAAUUGCGAAAGUUCAAUUACCGAUGACUGCUCCCCUGAUAUGUUUGAAGCUAAUUCAGAAGCUACUAGUAACGCCAUUCUCAUUAAGAAAAAAAUACGGAAGAAUCCAACACAUGAAUCAGAUCCAGAAGAAUCCUCCCUUUCUCACACUGUCUCAUCAAAUAAGCAAGACAAGCUAUCAGGAGAGAAAAAACAUCAAGCUAAAAAAACUUCAUGGUUGGAAAAUGUAUCACCUGAUAGCUCACCAGGAGUAAUUGAUUUUUGUUCUCCAUGGCACAGACUGACUCAAGAUUCUAAUGGUUCUUUUACUGCUCAUAGUGGGGAAAUUUCCCAAGUUUCUCUUCAAGAGAGCCAUAUCGAUGAACACGUUCUUAAACCACAUAGUUCUAAUGACCAUGUAGAGAUGAACAAAAGCCGUCGGAGUCAAAGACUGAAUACAAGUCGUGUGGUUGAAACAAAUGAAUCUUCUUUGGACGAAACAUUGACUUCAGCUGCUGCAUUAAGCCUGCAUCUCAACAAACCUAGUGUCCUCCUCCCACAAAAUAGCGAACUGGCACUUAACAGUGAGGCCAUUAAAAAGCAUGUAUCAAAGGAAGGCUCCUGUUUAAAGAACAAGUUAAAUAUAAAGUUAGCAAAAUCGAGAAACUCUCAAAAUAAAUCUGAACCUGUAGAGAAGUCACGAAGUCCUCUCACUCGAAGCAAGAGCACUGCAAGAGCAAUGCAAAGUAAUAAAAAGAAUGCUGAAAAAAUGGUUAAAUCCAAGGGAAAAGAUGUUGUUAAGCAAUGGAAAAUGAAAUGCACUCGAUGUCGCUCUUGGUUUGACACUGAAUGGUCGAUGGCACUGCACAAGUGCGUUAGCGGCAGCAAACGGAGAACUAUAGAAGAGCCCCACAGAACGAAUUAUGCUCAUCAUAAAUGUAACAAGUGUGGAAAGGCCUAUAUCAAGAAAGGAGCCUUGCAUGAGCAUGUAAAGUUAGUUCAUAAGGGUCUCCGCGCACACAAAUGUGAUGAAUGUCCAAUGUCCUUUGGUGUGAAGCAGACAUUAAUUGUUCACAAGCGUCUUCACACAAAUUCCUUACCAUAUGAAUGUCGUAUUUGUUCAAAGCAAACAAGAACUAAGUCUAAUUUGAAUAGACAUUAUACUCAAGAACAUCGUCUGACUCCAAGCUUCCCCUGCAGUCUUUGUCCACAUAAAAAUAUUCGCUGUUUCUUUGAGGAGGACCUUAAAGAACAUUUGGGAAACUAUCACUCCAAAUCUAUCAUCUCCACUAUAAAAACACUUUAAGUUUGUCAAGACUUGAUAAAGUGCUUAAGUCUAGAAGGUUUUUAAUAAUAAGGUUUUAAUCAAUUAUGCUUUUAUGUUAUAACUUAGUGUAAUUUUAUUUUCUGUUGAAUACAAGAUUUAAGGAGUGCUUCAUGGUAUAGAAAACUGAUGUGUUUGGCCUGGCUUUUGUUUUAAGCUGCAACUCCCAGAUCUCUGGUAUUAAAUGUUAAUCAUUUUCUACAUGCUCACUGUCAGGUAACAAACACAGAAAUACACGCAAUGAUCGAAGCAUC